AUGGCUCCACGGAUUGCCAUCGUUUUUUACUCCAUGUACGGCCAUAUCGAGACAUUAGCUCGGGCAGAAUUGAAAGGAAUCCAGGCGGCCGGGGGUCAUGCCGACCUUUACCAGAUUGAAGAGACGCUGCCGGCUGAGGUUCUGGCCAAAAUGCACGCUCCCCCCAAAUCAUCUAUCCCCGUGAUCAAGCCGGAGCAAUUAGUCGAUUAUGAUGCAGUUCUCUUCGGCAUUCCCACGCGGUUCGGGAACUUUCCUGCGCAGUGGAGGGCUUUCUGGGAUCGCACGGGCGGCAUUUGGGCGACAGGCGGUUACUGGGGCAAGUAUGCCGGCCUGUUUGUUUCAACCGGCACCCAGGGCGGUGGCCAGGAGUCAACUGCUCUGGCAGCCAUGAGUACCCUAGCCCACCACGGCUUCAUAUAUGUACCCCUCGGCUAUAAGACGGCAUUCCCCCUCCUCACGAACCUUCAAGAGGUCCAUGGUGGAAGCGCCUGGGGCGCUGGUACUUUUAGUGACGCGGAUGGAUCUCGCCAGCCUAGUGAGCUGGAGCUCUCGAUUGCCGAGACGCAAGGGAGAUCGUUCUAUGAACAUGUUUCCCGUCUCAACUCCACUUGA